ACUCCUGAUAUAUCAUGGGUAUAUUGUAACAAUUGCUUUUAAGUUGGUCUUAUAUUUUAUAUGCCUUGAUAAUAAAUAAACAACUCAUAUGGGAAUGUAGUCACUUCAAUUAAUUCUACUUGUAUACUAUUAAAGCUAAAUUAGCUUUCAUGUCUUUUUUUUUUCCCUUGCAAGGUCCUUUUGAAACUCAUUGGAUGGAUGCUCUAAAUCAAACAAGAGUGACUGAAUUUGUCUUCUUGGGACUCACUGAUAAGUGGGUGCUGGAGAUACUAUUUUUUCUGGCAUUCUCCAUCACAUAUGUAUUAACCCUUUUGGGAAACACUCUCAUUAUAGUUACUAUAGUCUUUACUCCACGCCUCCAUACCCCCAUGUAUUUCUUCCUGAGCAAUCUGUCCUUUAUUGACAUCUGCCACUCAUCUGUCACUGUGCCCAAGAUGCUAGAGGGCUUGCUUUUAGAGAUAAAGACUAUUUCCUUUGAUAAUUGCAUUGCACAGCUCUUCUUCCUACAUCUGUUUGCUUGUGGUGAGAUCUUUCUGCUGACCAUUAUGGCUUAUGAUCGUUAUGUAGCCAUCUGUGCUCCAUUGCACUAUUCUAAUGUGAUGAACAUGAGGGUCUGUGUACAGCUUGUCUUUGCUCUCUGGUUGGGGGCUACUGUCCACUCUCUGGUGCAGACCUUCUUGACCAUUCGUCUACCUUACUGUGGCCCCAACAUUAUUGAUAGCUACUUCUGCGAUGUGCCCCCUGUCAUCAAGCUGGCUUGCACAGAUACAUACCUCACGGGAAUGCUAAUUGUGUCUAAUAGUGGAACCAUCUCCCUCACCUGUUUCCUGGCUUUGGUCACCUCUUACACGGUCAUCCUGGUUUCUCUUAGAAAACAGUCAGCUGAAGGGCGCCGGAAAGCCCUGUCUACCUGCUCAGCCCACUUCAUGGUGGUUGCCUUCUUUUUCGGACCAUGUAUCUUCAUCUACACUCGGCCAGACACUAGCUUCUCCAUUGACAAGGUGGUAUCUGUCUUCUACACGGUGGUCACUCCUUUGCUGAAUCCUCUCAUUUACACCUUGAGAAAUGAGGAGGUAAAAAGUGCCAUGAAGCAUCUCAGACAGAGAGGUUUUUUCAUGAAGUCAGGUACAUGAUGGGUUUGGAAUUACAAAUAUAAUUAUGGCCAUAUCUUUAACAGUAAAAGUAAAGAACAAAAUUAAUAGGUAAAAUGACACGUUGGAGU